AAAAUAGACCAUUGUUCUUCAUGACAUUGCGUUUACGCUGUUGCUCUUUCCCUCCCCAACCUCACUGAAACAGAACGUUACAAAAAGCACCAGCGCCAGAAUCAUGUUUUAAGAACCAAACAGAGUACAAAGAGAGAAGAGAAACAACAAAGUACAGAAACACCGUACACAACCGAAUUCAACCGAACCGAACCGAACCGAACCGAGUUUUCUCUCUAUAUGUGAUUUCUCUUAUACCAUAUCCUCCUCUCACCACCUACGUCGUCGUUUUAGGAUCUUCUUUCAAUUGAAGAACAACCAAGGUUUGUUGAUCGUCAGGAAGAGCUCAUCACUCUUUGUAGUGGUCAGGUGCCUGCUGCCAUUCUGACAAAGUCAUUGGAUUUGAAACUGUGAUACAGUGAAUAUGUCUUCUGCAACCAAAGGUGAUAGGAAGACUGCAAUUGAUGUGGCGUCGUGGAUGUUCAAUAUAGUCACAUCUGUGGGGAUAAUCCUUGUGAACAAAGCCCUCAUGGCUACAUAUGGUUUCAGCUUUGCAACAACGUUAACUGGUUUGCAUUUUGCCACAACUACCUUGCUGACACUCUUUCUUAAGUGGCUGGGAUAUAUCCAAACCUCUCAUCUUCCCUUACCCGAUCUUAUCAAAUUUGUCUUAUUUGCAAAUUUCUCUAUCGUCGGAAUGAAUGUGAGUUUAAUGUGGAACUCUGUCGGUUUCUAUCAGAUUGCUAAGCUGAGUAUGAUUCCGGUAUCUUGUUUCCUGGAAGUUAUCUUGGACAACGUACGAUAUUCAAGGGACACAAAGCUUAGCAUUUCUCUAGUUCUCCUUGGUGUAGCUGUAUGUACUGUCACUGAUGUGAGCGUCAAUGCUAAGGGUUUCAUAGCUGCUGUAGUUGCAGUUUGGAGCACCUCACUGCAGCAGUAUUAUGUGCAUUUUCUUCAGCGCAAGUAUUCUCUUGGAUCGUUUAACUUGUUAGGUCACACUGCACCAGUACAAGCCGCAAGUUUACUGCUAGUAGGUCCCGUUGUGGACUAUUGGUUGACAAACAAACGAGUGGAUGCCUACAACUAUGGUUUGACAUCCACUUUGUUGAUCAUUAUCUCUUGCACCAUCGCUGUCGGUACAAACCUGAGCCAGUUCAUCUGCAUUGGCAGGUUCACAGCCGUAUCCUUCCAAGUGCUUGGCCACAUGAAGACAAUUCUGGUACUGACCUUAGGAUUUGUUUUCUUUGGAAAAGAAGGUCUGAAUUUACAAGUGAUUCUGGGCAUGCUCAUUGCAAUAGCGGGAAUGAUAUGGUAUGGCAAUGCAUCUUCUAAGCCAGAAGGGAAGGAGCGUGUCAGUUUACCCGUUAGUUCUACCCCCAAGACACAAGACUAUAAUGUACUAUCAGUAUCUUCUGAUACGGAUCAUUAAACAUAGACAUAAGUUUAUGUAAAUAAAGUGGUGUUACCAUUGCAUGGUAAAACCAGGUUCCCUUUUGGGUCAGAUGAUUCAUGUUCUUGUUUAAAAA